AUGGCUGCUCGUCAAGUGUUUCGCUUCGUUGCGAAAACCGCCACUUUGUCAGCACAGCGACGGACUUUUUCUGCUUGUAAUUUCAAAUCAAUCAAAAUGAUGGUCCCAUCGGUCAAUGUUAUCCAAACCAGAGGUAGCAAGGUUGAAGUUUUCGGACCUUUCGAUCCACCAAAGCGAUUGACAUUCAAAGAGGUAAUUAUUGAUUUUUUUUUUUGAAAGUAAAGAUGCGCGUUCCAUAGAAAUGUGUUUCUUGCAACUCUUUAUCAAAGAUUUUGACAAAAUUUAUCAAACAAAGCUGUGCUGGAUCAAUAGAAUAACGGGCGGUUUGAACUGAACCAAUAAAACAAUGCUUUUUUACUCUUCGAGAGUGAAUUUUCCACCUUUUCGGAGCUAAUUAGCCUUAGUUCUUGCUUGUGAGAGUACUAGAAACGAAAACUCUUUGAAAAUAAGUUAGCGAUUUAGAUAAAUAUGUUUUUUUCGUGAUAUGCGACCAAAAAUUUGAAUCUUCCUGAAGUUUGGUCUAUAAAAAGUUGAACAUACUUCAGUUCAUUUGAAAAAUAUCGAUCGAUAAUCUGGACUGAGAGCGUUUCACUUGAAAUUAUCUAAAAAUGAAUUUCUGUAAAUUUUUCUGGGCUUGUUUCACGUUCAAAAAUUGAAUAAUCGUUGAAGUAGUUCACAUUUUUCUCAUUUUUGAUAUUUAUUUCAGGUUGAAGAUAGAGUGUUGAAAGCUGUCCGAUCAUGGGAUCGUUUCCCAGCCGACAAAGAAGGAUUGUUGAAACUUGACGCUGAUUUGAGCAAAGAUUUCGGUUUCGAUUCAUUGGAUCAAGUCGAAAUUGUUAUGGCCCUCGAAGACGAAUUCGGUUUCGAAAUUCCAUUGCAAGAUUCGGAUAAAUUCAAAGUAAGCAACAAUUUUGAAGUAGUUACGAUAAUUCUAAUCUUGUUAUAUUUCAGACCAUUCGCGACGCAUUCAAAUACAUUUGCGAACGCGAAGAUGUCUACGAGUAG